UGGACAUUUAUUUGCAUUUCUUCCACUUACGGGUAUGAAAAUUAUUCCACUCUUUAUCAGUUGUACAGGUAAAUCUGAUUUGUUCAUUGUGAUCACGUGCAGGCCAACUAAUAAACUCACUAUCAUCAAAGAUCUUGGAAAAUAAUAAACGUCGUGACAUAACAGCCGCCAAAAUGUGAGUUCUCUCAAAAUAUUUGAUUUAAUAUGAAUAGAAUAAUAUUUUUAACGAGACCGUGAUGAAUCCUGUGAUAUAAAGGAAACCAAAUGGAAUCCUAAUCACCAGUUCGCGAAAUUAAAAACCACCCAAUACGCCAAGCUAGAAAGAAGCCGCUCUGACCCUCGCCACCUCACACUCACAGUUAACGAACCUACAAGGAGUGUGGAGGUAUGGGUGAGGUGGUGGAAGUAGUGGGCGUGGGGGAGGUGGAGGUCCGCCCACAGUUAGCUUCCUUAACCCUCAUCAUCUCCGCCCACAAAAACACGAUCGAGGAGUGUCGAGCGUCAGUGGAGAAGCGGCGGCCCUACGUCAUCCAAACGCUGUUCAACAACAAGGCGGAGAAGGAGGAGGUGACAGAGACAGACGAAGUGCGGGUAGGUGAGGCUGGCGGACUGGUGCUGGUUGUUAUGGUCACCGCCACUUUACCUGCCGACGCUGCCAGACGUGUCGCCAACACUCUCGUCGAGAAGCUUGGUAACAACGUUACACUUGAAAAGUUGGUGUACCGUCACUCGUGGGUGUCGUUAUCAGAGGCUCGGGUGAGGGCGGGACGGCGAGCAGCAGAGGAAGCAAGACAGCGGGCAGCAGACAUGGCGGUCGCAGUGGGCGGCACAUUAGGGCCAUGUCUCACUGUUAAAGAGGACUCCUGCACACACGUCGCCAUCACUGAAGACAGAACAAAUUCUUGGAUGGUGGACACAGCUCUUGGGAGGCAGGAGGUGCAUGCCCACACACCCACCAUCAUCCAAAGCACAGUUAAGGCCACAUUUUCCCUUGUAUCUUAUGGUGUACCCAAGACUAAGAAAGCUUAACAGUAACAAGUUACUACAGUAUAGCAUCCA